GGCCCAUCUGCGCCAUUCCUACCCAACCCGAUCACGUGGGCUGACGCGGACGCGGCGCGGCGAAUCUUCCUUUUCCUUUUCGGCCGGCGGUUCGUUCGGGCACUCGAUCGAUCCUUUUCCCUCUUCCGCCUCCGCCGGUCUUUCGCUUUCCUGUUCGUUUCCUUGCCCUUCUCCUUUCCUUUCCUUUCCCUUUUCUCCCUUUUGUUCUUUUGUUAGCAGGGGCUUCAUCGCCCUGCAGGCUCAUCACCUCCAUUCUCCCAUGAGUGUCCAGCAGUCAAUUGAGCCAUGAACCACUCCCGAACAACGACGACGGCGCUCCUGAACCCCAUGCGGCCCGACCACAAUCUAUGGGGGUUCACACCGCAAUCUCAGAACAACCCCUCUUUGUCUGCCUCGAAGCCCGACCCCGUCAUAUACCCCUCCAAAGAUACCCACCAGCCGUCGGUCUCUCGCAAUCAAUCCCCCUCAAUGGAGUUGGUCGCCUCCACCGGUCGCGGAAAGCAACUCACCGUCCCCGAGCAAGUCUGCUUGGUCAACCUAUGUGCUGCUUCGAUGGACUACUACGACGCCCCCACCAGCCCGAAAAGCUUCUGGAUCAAGAUCUCGGCCAAACUGGAAAUCCGAACCGGUCGCCGUUAUUCAUGGCAGUCAUGUCGCCGCCGUAUCCAGACCUACAUUAGUAAACGGACUGCCUAUUGGAACGCGUAUGAUGACGGUCGGACUCUGCCGACCCUGGACAUCGUCGACGAGGUCAUGGAAGGGCUGGAUUCAUGGGCGCACAAGUGUGAUGGAAUGUGUGAUGAAGUGCAGGACCCGAGGCUUCAGGCCACUCGUGAAACUUUGGCCCCUGAAGCAUCCGUCCCGCUGGCAGCGAAGAUAGAGCCCCCAAAGCACGUAGAACCGCUCAGGACCUUGCCCGAGCAGGGAUUGGUCCAGCACUCGACGAAACUCGAACGUGUCUGGGCCUGGCUCAGAAGUCUUCCUCACCCAGAGGAGAUGGACCCCAUGGCCGUAUGGGCUGGAGAAUUGAAGGCGCCGCCGGUGCUCAAGGUGUUUCCGAGCGUGCAAACGACCCCUGCCGUGAAACACCAGGUUACCUUCUCGUCGCUCAUCCGGGACGCCCGUCACAAGAAACUCGGGGAACAACAGCCAGAUCUUGUGGCGAGUCCAGAACUCGAUACAGCCCCGGCUCCUCUUCCCCAGUCGUCACUUGCUCUCCCAGCUACCUCAUUCGGCAACAAGAGGCCGCUUGAAGUAGACGAUGCGGUUCCUGAGCGGCCAGCCCGACGCAUUCGUGCAGACCCCGGCAGUCAACCUUCUGGGAGCUCCCCGGCCGAAGAUUUCGUUGAUGGUGCCACUCUCCGGAUGAAGCUGGUCGAGACUUAUUUUGAAAGCACCUGUGGCCGACUCAUCGACCGAUUGUCUACUCGGCUGAGGGGUCACGAUGCGAAACAGCCGAACGCCCCCGGGAGCUGCGAAUCGAUCUUGCGGGACCUCUUCAAGGACGUUGGGGUGGCGGUUGCCAAAGCCGUGAUUCGGAUGGACGAGAACACGACUACGACUAAAGAACCAUUAUUGAACUGAUCCGAGCACAUAUGAACCCGUUUAGCGAGCUCAGCCUGUUUCCCCUACGCAUAUUUUGAUUUUUCCAUGGGUGGUCUUGCGUCUAUUUAUCCCUUUCAUCUUAUUCCAUAUUCGGCUCUGCGCCAUCCAGAUUGUCUUCUCGUUAUGCUUGCGUCGUUUAUUGACGCGUCAUACCUUUCUCGUUCUCAUGAGCAUCACAUUGCCCAGAGAUACCCCUUGCAUCGGAGCUCGGAACUUGUUACUGUUUAAUUGUCUGAUAUGGUUUGCGGGAUUUGCAUAUUUGCAUAUAUUACGGAGUAUAGCAUGCAUAGAAUGAAUAGAAUGAACAAACCUGGUUGUGUUUGAACAGACAACCAUCCCUUGC